AUGGGUAACAAGGCUAGCAAGGCAGACUUUGCAGAUAUUGCACAGAACUCAAGAUUGGACGAGGCUGAUUUGAGAGACCUACUAAAGACAUUCAACUCAUUGGCAAAGGAUGGAUACCUCAACAAGGAUCAACUAAAGGCCGAAAUCGAGAAGAAGUACGGAGGCAUGGACUCCACCUUUGCCAACAUCCUCUUCAAUCUCUUUGAUAGGAACGGUGAUAAGAUGAUCAACUUCAACGAGUUCUGUUUGGCCUAUGGAUACCUGGUGAACAGAUCACUGGAUGAUGUUGUGGACAUAUCGUUCAAGUGUAUUGAUCUGAAUGGCGAUGGACAUAUCUCGCGUGAUGAGUUGAGAUCAGUCAUUAUGAUGAACAGGAAGAUGGAGAGAUACGUCAAGGUGUACAACAGAUCGACUGCUUUGGAUAAGAUUGUAUUGACGCCACGUGAUAUGAUGGAGAUCAGUCAGGAGACCGACGAUCUGUUCAAACUGCUCGACGAGGACAAGAACAAGCAGGUGUCCAGGGAUGAGUUCAUACAGCUGGCCAACACCAACCCAGAGAUCAAGAAGCGUCUCUGUGCCCUGCUGGUCAAGGACGAGUCGGUCGACUUCUUCAAGAAGUAA